AGAAAGAUUCAUAAAUAUAAACAUAUUGAACUUGAAAAAAAAAAUGUUUUCCAGUGGUUAAACUUCUUAUCUUUGAUUUCCUUUCUGGAACAGUUCCGUCGUAAACGUGUGGUAAUCAUAGGUCGGAUCUUACAUGUCCUUUUUAAAACCGUGCUACCACGUCCCGGGGGAUCAUCGAAUGGCGUUAGCUUAUCGUGCGAGCAGUUUUUAGUUAGCUGACAUAAAAAAGAAAAAAAAAAAGAGAGCGGUUCGGCACAUGCACGGGUAUCACGAAACGCUAAUUAAUUGCGGUGCAAGCCCAUAAGGUUGCUGCGGGGCUGUUUUGCAUUUUGCGUGCAGUCCCUCGUAAAACUACAUGCCUGUCAGCCCGGGCGAAUUUCACGAUGAUUUAUCGUCGCGGCAAAACUAAAGUUUUUCGCGAUACUUCGUGGCUUCUCAGAGGCACAGGCACUGCCUUUGCACAUGCAAUUGUUGUACGGUUUUGCGUUUCUGAAACAGUUGAGUAGUUUUCGGUUCAGUUUUAACCCUGUUGCAAUGAAACUAGGUAAAAUAAUAUUUACAUGACCUUAUUUAUCUUCCGGUUCUUCAAAUCGGCAAUUAUAUGCUGAUCAAAUUUAUGGAACAGAUAGUAAUUAAUUUAGAUGAAUUUUUUCAAUUUUAUAGUAAUUUCUUAAAUGAAGAUUUCAAACUUUUGAGACAAAUAAUUUCUACUGAGGUCUUCUGUAAAUUUGUAAAAUUUGUAAAUUAUCAAAUAUUUCACAUAAGUGUGUCAAUUGUUUUAUUCUGACUUAUUGAACCAUUGUUUCCUGUUCUCGUUUCUGGAAUCUCAUCAACUAAAUUUCCCUCGUGAAACCUUUCUACCCGGUUUAACUAUCGGUAUUUAUGACGGUUAAUGGCCACUUUUCGUUGUAACUUCAACUUGGUUGCUCGAGAUAUUACGAUUUUAUGUUGCAAGGCCAUUGUGAACGCAAUCGUGUUAGUUUUUGCACCUUGCUGCAUUUACCCUUCUAUGUAUCCUUUUGUUGCUGAAGUUUAUUGAAUCCACGUUGUUACGAGUUCAUGUCUUUUCUUUUUAGCCCAACGGUAAUACUUGUACUCCUUAAUUCCUUGUUGAGUUGAGAUUUGAGGCAUGCUUUCCUAUUUUUUAUUUUUUUUAUUUUAUUUUUUUAUUUUUUAAAAUAUCAUGUAUUUAAUAGUCGUAGAAUAAUUCUAUGACAUUUAUAUAAACUUUUUAUUCGAGUGUCGUUAAUUAAAUAGGAAUUUUCAAACGUGAAACGCAUAGCAGGUUUUUGUUCAGUAAACAUUGAAAAUAAACAAGAUUUUAACCAUUUCUGUUAUUUUAUACGUUGCAAAUUGAAUUUUGCGCAAAACUGACAGGAAUUAUUACUAAAAGGUUUGAAUUUGAAAAAAAAAUUGUGUGUGGAUUUUAGUUUUUAAUUAAAUGACACAGGCAAGAUUAGAACUGUUUUAAAUUCAUCUGCAAAAGAUUGAAUUUUAAUCCUAUGGAUCAGUAGGAAACUGAUCGUUGCAUGAAUUUUGGAAAUUUGGAUUUUUGCCUGUUCGAUCCUUCAGAUUGGACAGGCGAUUUUUUGGCACAUAUCCAUCUCGCGCUAUUUUCCGGGAUUACGAAUCCGUUGUUCGUUUUACUUUAUCAAGAUUUGGCGAUCAGAUUCGAGUUUCAAAUUAAUCUUCAGCUUUUGGCCAGUGUACGCAUUUAUGACCCCGUUAACGUGGUUAACCAUUCAUUUCGAAUAACGUGCUGACACUGAUAACGAGUUCCCGAAAUUGUCUGCCAUUUGAAAUGGGCCAGAUAUCGUGACACUGUUAGGUACCUUACGUUUUUCCAAAAAUUGAGAUUCGACUGAGGAAUCUGUGGAUACAUUGCCAUGUAGAAGAAACUAUGUAGCAGUAAUAGUGGUCAAAUUUCAGCAGACUAAUCUCAAUUUUUAUUCGAAUUUUUAUUUUAGUCUUCUACCAAAGAUUUCAUUAAUUUAUCUUCAUUUACAAGACCUGGUACACCCAUGGGAAUUUUAAGAACGAAUCACGCGUAUGGUUUGAUCUAAUCGUUAGCAAAGCGUAUCCAUGCAAUGCUUGGAUUUUUAACCGUAGUAAUUAUUCCGGUAAUUAACGCUGUCGGGUCAUAAGUGUAGCACGCGGCUGGAAAGGGAUUGCCCAUCGGAGUUUAUUACAAAGAUAAACGAGCCGCGAUCGUAACACACUCGUUCGCACUUUGUAUUUUCCAUACACACUCGCAAUUUUCAUCGAUACUCGCCUGCAGCAUUCCAGUUAUUUCCACGGAUGAUACAUGCCCCGAAAACUAUAUCGACCGUUUGUAAAGUGCGAUAAGUUAUCGGGAAAUGGCACGAUUAACGUGGACGGGUUUAUUCAAAAAUUACGUUCGAUAUCGAGUUUUAAUUGAUUCAAGUUCUGCUUUCCCAAUGAAUGAUGAUCCUCCUUCUGUUCAAUUCAAAAAUUUCAUUUAUCGAUUCAUGUCUUCAAUCAUUAGAAUAUCACCCAAUUAUCACAAUCUCAAGUCAAUGGAAAAUAAAUGUAAGGUAAGGUCUUGAACGACCCAGUAUCCACUGUCGAAUGUUGUCUGUAAUAUAUUCUAUGCUGGUUUGGCAGUAUCUGAUAAAAGAACCUGCCAAUAAAAAAGUAAUGCCUGGUAGUAGAUUCAGAUUAUUUAUCCUUGAAUAACAAAAAGCCAGCAUUCGAGAGAACCUAACAAGGUAAAGAUACAUUCUGUCCCGUUGGAGAUUCGCCAAAAUCACGACAUCAAUGUUCAAGGAACGUAACUAAAUCUGUGAUUGUUUCACAAACCUAGUCUUUGGAUGCUUCUUCAUAUAAAACUAAAGUAACUGACACAGGAAGUGAACCUGUACUUUACUUGGCAAAUGUUCAUAAGAAUGUCUAAUGUCUUCCCUUGAAUCUUUUAAAGGCGAUAGAUUGGGUACUACAACGUUACGCUGUUUCAUUUCUGCCUUUCCGAUAUUAAAUUCACGUUAACAGUUAUCGUGAUACCGGAUGUUGACUUAAAUCUCCAAUGAAAAUUUGAAAUUAAUUUGAAGAGCGUGUUUACCCGAUGCAAAUAUUUUGAUCAUGAAACGUUUCUGAUAUUUGCUGCAAUGUUUACAGGUUACUGAAAUAUACGAAGGUAAAACUGAAACAGAAGAAAUUGAAACAGCAGAACGUGGAAAGUAUACAAUUAGAGAAAAUUGAAAUACAGGGAAAUGGGAGAGAAUGGAAAAGGGCAGGAGUGAAAGAAGUAAAAAUAUAGAGAUAGAAAUGUGAACGUAUGAAAAUGAAAAGGAAAUAAUAGAAGUAUAUUGCCAGGGAGAAAAACAGGAAAGUUUAAUGUAUAAAUAUUAGUUGUAUCACGAAAACACUGAAUCGCAAUAAUAUUUUUCAAUCUUUCAUUUUUUUUUUUUCAACUCAGAAAUGAUCUGAAACUCUUGACCGGAAAUGUAGUUGGUUCCAGACCCAGCAUCGUUACGAAAUUAUGUACAAAUAGGAACAUAAGACAGAGAAGCGUUGUUAGAGAUGGUAGGUUUUGGCGGUCGUAUCAGCACUCGGCUGCCGAACAAUAAAACGAUAAAUCAGAAGAACGGAAAAAUAAGGGGCUAAAAUAGAAAAAGGUUGUAGAGUAGAUUUGGAGACGUUCCAGAGGAAGGUGCAGCCACAGUGGGUGACUUCGUGGCCUUUUGCGGCUGCUUCUUUGCUUGUCUCCAACUUUGUUUCGUUCCAUUUUUUUUUUUUCAUUUCCUUUUUGUUCCUCCUUGCACCUUCCUAAUACUUACUUUCGCUGGAUGUUUCUUUCUUUCCUGUUUUUCCUUUAUUCCUUCUUCGCGCCAGCCUCUUUUCCUUCCUGUAGUUCCAACAACUCUUUUCCUCGUACCAGCCGGCACCUACAUCCACGUUCAUAGACCAACGAUUCACCUCGUAAAUCACGCGACGUGGAUAGUUCAUAAAUAAAAGUCCUCGUGACGCUUCGAGUAACGUCUUGCCGGCUUCAAAGCGCUAUCCUUUUAAUGUCUGCUCCUUCUUUAUUUUCGUCAUCUUCUUAUCCCUCAGCGGUUUCUAGCUUUUCCUUGUUCUUUGACUCGAGGAAAGUGUUUCCUUCAAUGUUUGAAAGGAUUGUAAGAUAUUUGAAAGCAACAUUGAACUUAGAGGAUUCUUGUUUCCCUUUGUUACGUUCAGCUGUUUUAUUGCUUCGGUUAUGUUAUUUAAGAAUUUAUUAUUUUGAAUAUUUUUAGUUUAUUGAAUGAAGGGUUGAAUUUAAAUUUAAAAGGGUUAAAGUUAAAUUUAGUUUAGCAGCAGGUAUUUUAUAUGAAAUACACUUUUAGUAAUAAUAAGUUCCUUGCAAUUUUUCGUAUAUUUUUGACACAAUUUUCCACGUCAACUCUGUUCGUUCGAAAUUAAAUUUUCUCAUCCGUAACAAUAGCGUGAUUAAGAAUUCUGUCCCACUAAUUAAUUGCACCGCCUCUACAACGCGAUUAAACAGUGUUCAUUUAAAAUUCUAUCAAACCGUGGCGCGAUGUCGAUAAUAAAAUACGAUAACGAGAAGUUUGUAAAAUAAAUCAAGGUUGGAUGCGUUAGGCGCAAUCACGUUAAAACUUUCAUCUAGAGCUAUAAACGUGACACGGGGUUAAUUUGUACAGCUCUGAAUUAUAUUUUUUCAUUCGAUUUAGUGUGCGUUAAUGUAACGGUAAAGUUAAUAACGAUCCACCGUUACAAAUGGUCGAGUGCUCUUGUUGUUAAUUAGUAGAUUAAUUAGAGCGAUCGUCAAAUAGUGGCGCUCGGUUAACGAUAUAAAUUCGACAACGUAGAAUGGAAUUAUAUUUCAUUUGUACCCGCUUAAUCAGGUAUACAAUGAAGCAGAAACGUGUCAAUUAGCAGGUGUAUCUUUUCAGGUUCCAUUAAUUAACUGGGGCACAAAAAAUGUUGUUUCUGUGAUACAGUUUCUGGUUGUACCUAUUUAAAUAUAAUUUCCCUCGAGAAUUACCUUAUCACGUGUAUAGUAAUUAUGAAACUUUAUUAAUUGUUAGAUUGUCUGGAAUAAUUACCACUUUGAAUAAAAAGUGGGUAGAAAAUUUGCAAAUUUGUUUUGCUAUUAAUAGUUGGUUUCUUUUUAUUUUGAUACAACCUUUUUGAAACGCCCUGUAUACACGUGAUCAUAAAUAACGAAGAAACCGAAUGAAGAAGGAAAAAUGAGGGCAUCAAGAAAGUUGUUAGGUCAAUGUUCGAGAAUCAAGUUUGGAACAUCGACUUUCUUCUUCAGCAAACAGGUUCGGACGUUCAAGUUUAUCUUAGCCUUGAAGAAUCAAUGUUAUCUGGAAAUCAAAUCAUCGCAUGUCACUAUUUUAUUAGUAUCUUCAAAAUAUUCUUCACUGUAGACGAAGUUUCUAGUCUUUCAAUUCAAUAACACCAAAGUGUACAUCAUUUCGUUUUAUUUCUAUCAUUAUUAGACAUCUAAUUAGUAAACUCAGGAAACAGAAGAAAGUCAGGGAAUAAAUCAUCAUUUUAUGAUCAAUUGGUACGUUACACACGCUCCAAAUACAUUUCUACGAUGAGAUUGUUCUAAACAAUUUCAUACGAUGGUGAAUUAGAUAUUUUUUUCAUAGAAAAUCCAUUUCUCAUGUCAGAAGUUUUCAGAUCGUUUCAUCAGGGUCUAUAUUACAUGAAAAAUUACAGGAAAGUCGUAAAAUAGAAUUAUUCUACCUGAAAAUAUUAAUUGAUUGAAAAAUCUAUUGAUUAUUUCCAUCUGUUAUAAUAAAUAUUUUAUUCAGCAAAGAAGAAAUCUACAUAUCAUUUUCGGGGGAUGAGAGAUUUCAUCGAACCAAAUAUCUCAUACCACAUGAUUCAUCUAACCAGGAUCUUUCGAUUUCAGGUAUCCCUGAGCAAAGUGUCCGGGGUCACGGAUAAAGGGGGAUGCAGUUCCUGAUAGGAUACAGGAUACGGGAACGCAGUUUCGCCAGUGCGGCCGGGGUUCAGGUUUCCAGAGGGAAAGGGGAAGACGGUCGAGGGCCUUUUCCCUUUUCCUGGAAUUUUAUCUGUCUGCCGGGAGGAUACCUUCUCCCGUUCAGGGCACCAGAGGACGAGGCUGUAAUACCGGCAGGUCUAAGAUAAGAGAAGACGCGGGCAGGGAGAGGAGUUCGUCCGUCACUACGGCGAAAUUCCGUCCGCAAUCUCUGUAGGAAUCUUUGGUAUUUCAGUAGCGAAUCGGUGUGUAAGUACAACCCUCCGGUGUACAGGCUUACUUCUCUUAGCUGGCAGCCUCGUGAACUUCGUGAAAGACGCGCGAGAAGGUUAGCCGGAUGUGCUUUGUCCGGAUAGACAGGAAGAUGUCGAUCGUGUUGCUGAGCAUUCUGCUGAUUGGACAUCAUGUUCAAGCAGUAGUCAAUAAGGUGCAGCCACAAACGUCUGUCAAAGGCGAGGAAGAUAAACAAAACGAAAUUAAAGCUGAUGAUAGAAUAAGUAAUUCUUAUGGUCCACCAGCUGAUGAUUAUGGACCACCAAUUGGGGCAAAUUUGAAGGGACCAGCUCCAGUUUACGGUCCGCCAGAACUAGUAGGUGAUCAAGGACCUACGCCUAUAUAUCCCCCUCCACCGCCAGAAAUAUCGUUACCGGUAUAUGGGCCACCAUUGUCUUCCUACGGACCUCCACGGAACAUCAAACCAUUCUACGGUCCACCGAAACAAAGUUACGGUCCUCCAUUGUCUCCUUUGCCCUCGAAACUGAGCUUUGGCUCGCUGAAGCUUCACUACGGGCCACCGAAGCAACACUACGGACCGCCAUAUUCCUUCGGCUCGUUUAGGCCACCGAAGCCUCAGUAUGGCCCUCCAUUGAAAUUCACUUCCGGCGUGUCUAAUCAAUUCAUCGCAUCGUCGGGUCACAGACCAACGAAACCGGUACUCGAGCCCUCCGUCUCUCUACCUUUGAACACCUACGAACCCCCUCAGAAACUCGCCGUCCAGUUUAACCGCCAACCGAACGACGAAUAUGGACCACCACCGCCACCAGCGAUUUCGGCUGUGCCUGAAUCUCAAUAUGGACCACCGACCAGUGACUUGUACGCACCCCCUCCGCCGGUUCCUCCGCCAGGUGUCCCAGCACCACCUACGCCACCUGACAUCAAGUACGACGGCUGGCAGCCCAUUGCUGGGUUGAGCAAUCAGCAUGGACAGCCUUCGAACACCUAUGGUCCUCCAUUGAACGAGCCCAAGACGGUAGAAGGUUCCUCCUCGAACUUGCAGGACGAUCCAAACGUGCCCAGUGAUUCCUAUGGGGUUCCGAUACACAAUCCUGAAGCUCAAGAUCUGAAGACCUCCGUGAAAUUGGGUGCCAAUGAGAAUGCGGGAUUACCACCGCCAUCACUGCCCGAGUACGAACCAUUCCAUAAUGAAAAUCAGAAUCCACCGAAGAAGGACCUACCUGAGAAGAUUCUAUCUGGUCCAGUUAAUCUGCAGUACGGGGUGCCUAAAGUUGAACCACUGCCUCUCAUCAAAACAGUUGGAUUCGAGCUGCUACCGACAGUUUCGCCGUUAUCUUCGGAUCUGUCUGGGUUAAAAUUACCAGUGCUGGAUAGUGUUCCUCAUUUUAAUCUUGGAUUCGGAGACACCCAUGCGUUUCAGAGUUUAGGAAACGACUUGUCGUUGGGUCAAUUCUCAGCCAAUGGACUAUCUAAUAGUUAUGGUCCUCCAUUGGCAGGUGUUUCAUUCGGAAAACUGAACUCUAUUGAAUCUGGCAUACCUUUGCCUCCACCUCCUCUACUGGACACCUACAGUAUCCCUCCUCUCUCUUCGUUCUCGCUCAAUGAACCAUAUCAGUCUGCGGAAGCAGGACGGGCGUCGUCGCAUUCUUCUUUUGGUCUGCACGGCAGUUCGCUUUUUAAGCAGAACAUACAUCAUCAUCGUCCUCAUGGCGCGUUCAGGUCUCCCCCGCCACUUCCUGGUUCUCUGAUACCGCCUCGUAAUCGCGAGCCGAUCAAGUUCAAAGAACCCAUCCCUAGCGGAUUGUUGACCAACCUGAAUCGCUACGUACCACCACCGAGACACGCUGACUUGGCCAAGUCACCAAAGACGUUCAUUUCGACUUUGUCGUUCGAACAGCAAUUGCCUAGCUUAAGCGCUCCAGUGGCGUUCCAGAAAUUACAGAACCUCGGUUCAAACUCGCCGAUAGCAGCACCGAACGCUCAGUACGGGACGCCGUUAUCCUUCAGUAAUUUCAACACCCCGGCACCGGUAUUGACAUACGGAGCGCCAAACUUUGGUCCGGCUUCUUCUUUCGUCUCGACCUCCACCAGUUUUGGGAACAAUCUCUACGACAGCAUCGGCAAUACCAUAACCACCACCUAUGGCACUCCUGUGGUGAGUUUACCAUUAUCGACAGACGGUGGUCACGAUUGUGGCUUCCAACAGACGGGCACAGGUACGCAGUACAGUUUCAAGGAUACUGGCAACUACCUGGCCAACUCAGGACCCCAGCUGCACAGCUUCGGUGCAGCUUUGUCAGGCCAGUCUCUUUCUUCCGAUUUGGGCCAGAACUUCAAGGUAGGCUCGCUGGAUCUGCCUCAAUCGAUCAGCCAACUGAACCUGGAGAGUUACGAACAGCCCAAGACGAAUCUGAAGGACAGUUACGGCAAUCCUGUAGGAGUACAGACCGCUCCGGAGCAGUUGGAUAACAUCCUGGCCAGUGACCAUAGCCAGUCGUCCGAUGUGGCUAAUGUAAUUUCGGUUCCUCCUGUCACGCAGUUCCAAGACUCUCCCUUCUCUCCGAGUUCUCAGGACAAUAGCAUAAGGGCGGAAGCACUAACAGCCAGUUUAAGCGAGCAGGGAUUCGGUCAAGCUAAGAAUCUUGGAUCCAACGAGGUGGAUGCUAGCCAGUUCUUGAACAGCCAGGAGGGCAGUGAAGCUUUGUCUUUGGCCAAGGGAUUAACAUCGAGCGGAGGUGAUGGUUUCGAGGUUCAGGGCUCUAAGGGAACGUACAUGCUUCAGAUCCAGGCUGCUGAUGGUGGAUUAGGCACCGAGAACUCGGACGGCAGCAUCAGACACGACCAGGUCCUGUCCAAUGGACUCCUGCAGGACAUCCUCGCGGCCAUUGAACAACCGGAACAAGGGCAGGUACAGGUUCAAGGUCAUCCCGAGGUGCAGUCGUUGCAACACGUGUACAGUAAUUUAGCUGAACCUAGGAACGCGGAUAUCCCCAAAGGACAUUACAUUACUGUUGAGGAGGGAUCAGGGAAGAAGGAUAUCGGUGAAUUGGCCGAACUGGCCAGCGACAGGAGCGAGAGUGAAUUUAAUAAAGCAGACGCUUCGAAGAAGGAAGCUGUUGCUCUUUUCUUCAAUAAUCAAUACAGUGACUCCCGGAAGGAGACCAGGUCAGUAGCGAAACGCGAGAAAGUAGGUGCCUUGGAGAAUGCAAAAGGUGCGAGUAAAGAGAAGUCUUCUUAACCUCUUCAGAAGACAACAGUAAGGUACAAUAAUAUAAUUUCCGCUCAAUCCUGUCUCAAGCUGGAGAUAGGAAAUCAUAUCCGGUAAAAUCAUCUUUGGUGAUUUGAAGUGAUUGAUAGCGUUUUUCGACAUAAAAUCAUAAAAGGCAUUGAUUCCAUGAAAUAUAUAGCCGUCGAACUGUCAAAUUGUUAAAAUUUCUACGAUUUUCAAUCACUUCGACAUUUCGAUUCUUUCUAUUGUGUUGUUUCCAGUCAACGAGUACACUCCUCUAUCGAGUGCAACUAAAUGUAGGUUUAGUUGCAUUUCACGUCGAAAUUAAAGAGAAAAGGCUGUAAUUUGCUUAACUUUUUCGCUCGUCCAGGAAACGAAAGACAAUCAUUUGUUGGCUAACGCAUCGAUGACCGGUUAUGACGCAAAGCGUCCACUUUACUCAACAAAUUCUCGUUCCUUAUUUAAACAACGAUUACAUAAGCCAGGCGUGAAAUGUUGAAUUUCCCAUUCGCUAAAAGGUAGACGGUUAUCGAUGGUUUCAAAGUCGUGAAGUGUUCUUUCGAUUGCAAUAGAAGAAUCGAAGCGUUCCACGGUCUUUUCUCGCUUGAAAACUCUUCAACGAGACAGAGAGGUUUUCUCGUGAACGAUUCGAGUAAAAGUAUCGACGUCGUCCUUUUUUGGGGACCAUUCGUGUCACGGCCAUUCGCAAACUUAGAGUCGCCUCUUUCGGCUCGUUUCAUUGACGAAUCGGUCGCAACAUCUUGCAAUACUCAUCUGGCUCGUUGGACUGCGAACUGUUGACGGUUAUCGAGCCACUUUCUUCCGUGGCGAACCUUCACCGAGGUGAAAGUUCAAAACCUCGUUCAACAGCUUCGAGUAAUAUCGCUUACCUUCUAGGGAAAAAAAAAAUCUCGUUUUCGAGUGAAAUGCAUUGCUCGAGUCUGCGGGCGAUACACAACACGGUUUUGCAUACCUUUGUCACGAUAACAGGUAGAUAUGUAUAUAUCUAGUCCGUUGCUCCUUAUGGAAUACAUUAUACCAGUUAUCCACCGGAGACAAUGAGAUCUUACGACUUUAUUCACUUUCGUGCUGAUUAGCUGUGGAAGCGUUACUUUUUCCUUCGAUACUAAACUCUUAUCUUCUAACGCGUUGAUGCGAUGGAGGACCUCACAGCAAGAGGAGUGCAGUUUCGUUCUAACCCCUUCGCCUAGCGAUUUAACCCCUUGCAAUUUUUUCGAUACUUGCAUCAGUCAAAGCUAACUAUUUAUUGCUCCAAUUUUAGAACAAAUAAAGAAAAAUAAAAAAUCACAUGUAUAUAGCAUUCAACGAUCCUUGGUUGAGGAAAUAGUAAUUAGAAUUAAACUCAAAAUUUAAUCAUGUUGCAGGGCAAGGGGUUAAUAGUUCUUCAAUUAUGAAAAAUUUGUCAAGAAUAGAAAUAAAGAUUUAUCAACUCGGUAACUAAUUAAACUACAGUAAUAAUUUGAUAAACGUUGAAAAUGGUAAAAUGGUAAAAAUGGAGCUGCCUUCCAUCUUAUACGUGUAAUUAUAUUAUUGUUCCAAUACUUUCAUGCAUAUCUGUAUAGUAAUUUCCUGUAUUAGCAGAGCUAGAUCAAAUUCUUCUUUUUCUAAUAAGUGAAAGCAUUUUGAGGCACAAGUACCCAAAGAUACACGAGUCAGUCGUAUAUAGAGAAGCAGUAAAACUCUGUCGUCCGGUACGGUUGAUAACCGACGCGAUCACAUGCUGAAAUAUAUAACCUGGGCCAGAAAUAUAGGUAAUAAAAUGUUAACGCGUUUCGCAUGCAAGGCAGGCGCCGUUCAUCGACGCCGGGUUUUAACGCCGUUACGUUAUCAACGACGCACACGUCUCGUAUUCAGAGUAAUCUUGAAACUUCUUGUACUUUUAUAGUGCUGCCAGGUCGAAUGGUUAUGCAUAACUUGGUGUAUUGCGGAUACGUUAAAAUAAGUAGAGCGUAUAUAAGCUUAGGGAGACGCUCGGUUGUUAAGAAACACGCAGCUACUAAGCUGCCAAGCCAUAAAACAUGUCAAUUUCCUUCUAACUCCUAUUGUUCUUCCUUCUCUUUAUCUCUCUUUUUAUACUUUAUAUGUAAUUUAAUUUAUUGUUUUAUGUAAUAAGACAGUGUCCUGUGCGAUGACGUAUCGUUCACGUUGAUUAACAAAUUAAUUGCCACAAUUAGUCAUCGAUGGUUCAACGUUACAAACAUGAAAUUUCAUUAAUUACAUGGCAAUUAUUGUUAAAGUGUAUCGUUUUUCAGGGUGGUAAUUAAGGUGUUAAGAGAUCGAUUUUGUCAUUCGUUCAACACACCGCGUGUGCGACUGUACUUUUUAUAUUAUGCGUGCAUUUACGGAACUAUGUUAAGCGUGUAAAUAUACGAUGUGUUUGUA